UCCAUUCCUCUACUUCUCAAGUCAGUUACAUUUUCAUUUUUUUCUUUCUUUCUUUCUUUCACCAAAAUGUCUUCCACAUUCUCACUCUCACCUCUCAUCACUCUCUUCAUCCUCCUCCUACAAAGCUCCUGCGACGCACGUGAUUCAUUCGCGUGCGACGCAAAAGACGCCGCAACAAAGAACUUACCAUUUUGCAAUGUGAAACUUGCAAUACCAGAGAGAGUGAAGGAUCUCAUUGGAAGAUUAACAAUGCAAGAGAAGGUUAAUCUGUUAGUGAAUAAUGCUCCGGCGGUUCCUAGAGUCGGAAUGAAAAGCUAUGAGUGGUGGUCGGAGGCACUUCAUGGUGUUUCAAAUGUGGGUCCAGGUACUAGAUUUGGUGGUGUGUUCCCUGCUGCUACUAGUUUUCCUCAAGUUAUCACAACCGCUGCUUCUUUUAAUGCUUCUUUGUGGGAGGCUAUUGGACGGGUUGUCUCGGAUGAAGCAAGGGCAAUGUACAAUGGAGGAGCAGCAGGGUUAACUUAUUGGAGUCCAAAUGUGAACAUUUUCAGAGACCCUAGGUGGGGUCGUGGACAGGAAACUCCCGGUGAAGACCCUGUACUAGCCGGUAGAUAUGCCGCUAGUUAUGUUAAGGGGCUACAGGGAACAGACGGUAACAAGUUGAAGGUAGCUGCUUGUUGCAAACACUUCACAGCUUAUGAUGUUGAUAAUUGGAAUGGUGUGGAUCGCUUUCACUUUAAUGCACUGGUGAGUAAGCAAGACAUAGAAGACACAUUUGAUGUACCAUUCAGGAUGUGUGUGAAGGAAGGAAAAGUAGCUAGUGUCAUGUGUUCUUACAAUCAAGUAAAUGGGGUCCCUACAUGUGCUGAUCCUAACCUCUUAAAGAAAACAGUUCGUGGAGUAUGGGGUCUUGAUGGGUACAUUGUAUCUGAUUGUGACUCUGUGGGAGUGCUUUACAAUAGCCAACAUUAUACAUCAACGCCGGAAGAAGCUGCUGCCGAUGCCAUCAAAGCAGGUUUGGAUUUGGAUUGUGGGCCUUUCCUAGGAGUGCACACGCAGGAUGCGGUGAAAAAAGGUUUGUUAACUGAAGCAGAUGUGAAUAAUGCUUUGGUGAAUACAUUGAAGGUGCAAAUGAGAUUAGGGAUGUUUGAUGGAGAGCCAUCAGCUCAAGCUUAUGGAAGAUUAGGCCCUAAAGAUGUGUGUAAACCAGCUCAUCAAGAGCUAGCCCUUGAAGCUGCUAGACAAGGAAUUGUGCUUCUCAAAAACACUGGUCCUACUUUGCCUCUCUCCCCACAACGCCACCGAACUGUGGCUGUCAUUGGGCCCAAUUCCGAUGUCACAGUUACCAUGAUUGGAAACUAUGCCGGUAUUGCAUGUGGAUAUACCAGCCCCUUACAAGGAAUAGGAAGAUAUGCUAAAACUAUUCAUCAGCAGGGUUGUUCAAAUGUAGCUUGUAGAGAUGAUAAACAAUUUGGACCUGCCCUGGAUGCAGCUCGUCAUGCAGAUGCAACUAUUUUAGUGAUAGGCUUGGACCAAUCCAUUGAAGCUGAAACUGUUGAUAGGACUAGCUUGCUUUUGCCUGGACAUCAACAAGAUCUUGUUUCAAAGGUGGCAGCUGCAUCAAAGGGACCAACUAUUUUGGUUUUGAUGUCUGGUGGGCCUGUGGACAUUACUUUUGCAAAGAAUGACCCCAAAGUUGCUGGCAUAUUGUGGGCGGGUUAUCCAGGCCAAGCUGGUGGUGCUGCAAUUGCUGACAUUUUAUUUGGAACUGCUAGCCCAGGAGGCAAGCUACCAGUGACAUGGUACCCACAAGAGUACCUAAAAAACUUGGCCAUGACAAAUAUGGCAAUGAGACCAAGCAAAAUAGGGUACCCAGGAAGAACAUAUAGAUUCUACAAGGGACCAGUUGUAUAUCCAUUUGGACAUGGAUUAACAUACACACAUUUUGUUCACGAAUUAUCUAGUGCACCCACAGUGGUGUCAGUUCCAGUCCAUGGUCACCGACAUGGCAACAACACAAACAUUUCAAACAAAGCAAUUAGAGUGACACAUGCAAGAUGUGGCAAACUCUCAAUUGCCCUUCACGUUGAUGUAAAAAAUGUGGGAUCUAGAGAUGGCACUCACACCUUGUUAGUGUUCUCUGCUCCACCUAAUGGUGGUAACCAUUGGGUACCACAGAAAAGCCUAGUUGCUUUUGAGAAAGUUCAUGUUCCUGCCAAGACUAAGCAAAGGGUUAGAGUAAAUAUUCAUGUUUGUAAGUUGCUUAGUGUAGUUGAUAAAUCUGGGAUUAGGAGAAUUCCAAUGGGAGAACAUAGUCUUCACAUUGGUGAUGUUAAACAUUCGGUUUCACUACAAGCAGAAGCACUUGGGAUUAUCAAGUCUUGAAUUUUUAGGCAUGUCCAUUCAAAGAGAAAUUUGUUGAUAUAUAUUGGUUGAUGUCUUGAAGAGAAGACAUGUUAGGUUGAUUCAUCCAUUAUUGUCAAAUAAUUUGAUAAAAUUGUUUGCAAUUUUUGGGAGAGAGGAGAUUAAGGAAAUGUAUUGCUCUCUGUAUUCUCCCAUUUCUUUCUGGUUUGUUUAGGAUUUUUUUAAAACUUCUAGCUUUUGGAUUAUCAUUAUUGAAUACUAUUAUAGCUUUUGGCUUUGUAAUUGUAAGUUGUAAUAACCCCUCCUUUCAUGAUUUUAUAAGAUGGGUAGUAAGAUUGUGUUCAUCAUCCUUUA